AUGCAAAUCAAGCCUCUUAGCUCCUUGGCCCGUGGCCAGCCGGGUGUUCUGCACCAUAUUACCCCCCGUCUUGUCGCCUUCGAACACACCCGUGGUUCCCCCCGCAAACCACAUACCCUUGUUUUUGUCGGUGGAUUGGGCGAUGGCCUUGGCACCGUGGAAUAUCUUGCUGAUCUGGCAUCGGCACUGGAGGGAACUGAAUGGACAAUUUUCAACCUCGCCCUGAGCUGUUCCUACGGAGGCUGGGGCAUGGGCCGACUAGGCCAAGAUAUCGACGAGAUUGCGCAAUGUGUGAAAUAUAUUCGGGGAUACAAGGAACCACACUACGGGACUGGAAAAGUGGUUGUUAUGGGUUCUUCCACGGGCUGCCAAGAUGUAAUGCACUACAUUAAUUGCCCGAACCCCCGACCGGCACAUCCCAUCCUCGACCGCGAUUGGAAGCCUAUCAUUCGUGGCCCCAUCGAUGGAGCUAUUAUGCAAUCCCCUGUAUCCGAUCGUGAAGGCAUUCUUCAGGUUUUGGAGGACGGGACCGAGCGAAACAGCCCUGCAGAGAUGCGUGAGAUUUACAACAAGGCGGUCGAAGAAGCACGAAACAAGACAUACGAGGACGGUGAUUCCGUGGAUACUCUUGUUCCAUUGUCAGUGACUGGCAGAAUUGGAUAUGGCAACUCAACACCGGUGAGCAGCCGCCGAUUUUUGAGCUUGACCAGCCCCGACAGUCCAGAGAAGCCAGAUGAAGAUGAUCUGUUCAGUUCAGACCUGAGCGACGAACGGCUUGCGGAGACCUUUGGAAUGGUUGGUGCCAGAGCACUUCUCAAUCAGAAGCUCUUAGUAUUAUAUUCGGGCCGAGACCAGUCCGUUCCUCCAUGGGUCAACAAGGGUGCACUUCUCCAGCGGUGGGAGAAAGCUAUCAAUGCCGGUGACCAGGAGUUUUGGGAUUCGCGCAGUUUGGUUAUUCCAAAUGCCUCCCAUCAGUUAAGUGACCCGGACCAAGCAGAACCAAGGCGCAUUUUAGUGCAGAGGGUAACCGGGUUUUUGAAUGAUAUCCAAAGAGGUUGA